AUGAAUUCUACAGAUCUGAAAUAUUUAUCCAAGAUAGCGGGAUCAAUAGAAGAAAAAAUUAACCAAAAAGGUCGACCACCUAAUGAACGAUUUCUUUUUCAAAAGCAGCAUCCUCAGGCUACCACAUAUUUAAUGAUGAAAUACAGUCAAACUCAUGUGCCUGUUCUUUACGGUCCUCAGAUACCUCGACGAGAUCGCGAUGAUACUCGAGAACGAUAUUGUCGGGCUAUUCUCACACUGUUCGUACCCUGGCGUACUGUGACUGAUCUUUGUGACAUCAGUCAGACAUGGGAAGAUGCAUUUAAAUCUCGACAACAUCUUAUUUUGAGACAUUCGUGGACGAUAAUAGAAAACAUUCAACUUUUACAUGAAUGCAAAAAGGACCGCGAUGAUCAUUUACUGCAAGUGAUCGCCGAAGCGCAAACCGAAAAUGACGUAGUCAAUCCUCUACUGAUACCGGCAAUUCAAGAAGUCGAUGGUGAAUAUGGCACUGAUGAUUGCGAUGAUUUACUUGAAUUAUUAGGUAAUUUGGAUGAAAACACAGUUGCUAUGUUCAAUACUACAAAAAACUCAACAGAAAACAGAUAUAUUGAAGAAACAAUCGAAGCAGUCAAGAACGUCGGACGAUUUAACAGUGUAAACAGUAAGUAUUAUCUGAAUGUGAUUUGUAGGAUUGAUAGUAAUCGUAAACAAUUUGUUGCAGCAUACGACCAAUAUUCUUUAAAUGCAUCCAACGAUCAUAUCGAUCACUCAUUGGUGCCAUUCAUUUCUGCAACACCAAAUCUUGUUCGAUUAAAUACAAAGUGGCAAGAACAGCUAAAAUCUGAGAAAGAACAGAUUAGAAGAGGCUUGAUUACGGGCAACUAUGACAAAGACGAUAAUGAUAUGUUGAACUUGGAUGCUGCAAGAAGUGCUGUGGCCACUGUAGUGACUCUAAACAAUAUUAAUACGAAGAUAGGCGAAAACUAUGGCUCUAUUCCUCCAGUAAUAUCAUUCAAAGCGAACUCUUGUACUCAGAAGAGUAUUGCCGAUGAAUUUACAUUGAACAGAGAACAAAGAGCUGCAUUUAUGAUUAUAACAGGUCAUCUUGAUGGUGAUAGCCGUUGUCGUACAGGUAAUCUUUGUAAAAGAAGUCGCCACAUAUUUAAGUACAUAAUAUUUUCAGGUGACAAUAAUGGUCAGCUUAUAAUGUGCGUACCUGGAUGUGGUGGCACAGGCAAAUCACAAUUGAUUCGUGCCCUUACCAAAUACUUUUUAGUUACAAAAAGAAUACAAAUGAUACGGAAGUUAGCACCUACUGGUAUUGCUGCUGCUGAAAUCGAUGGUAUGACCAUCCAUUCAUUUUUGGGUGAACAGCGUAACUCAGGAAAGGCGCGUACGAUUAAACCAGGUGAUUCAAAACUCGAAAAAGAAUGGGCCCUCGUUGAAUACCUCUUAAUUGAUGAAAUGAGUAUGGUUGGUUUAACUCUACUUGCGAAACUCAACCGAAUUAUAUGUGCUGCAAAACAUACUGAUCCUGAAGUUCCAUUUGGUGGUGUAAAUGUCAUCUUCUUCGGCGAUUACUUACAAUACCGGCCUGUGUAUGAUGUACCCCUCCAUACAGAUUUCUCUUUACCAGUCAAAAGUAAAUCGAACAAGAUAGCAACUGAAAAACAAAUUCAACAACGUGUUGCACGUUCUUUAAUUCUUCAAAUCAACUGUGUGGUCAAACUUACUCAACAGAUGAGAACAGACGAUCCACGUUACCUUCAGCUGCUCGAACGGCUUCGUCGCGGAGAAUGUAACUACGAUGACUACGAAUUAUUGUUAACACGAGUAGUGGGGCAAUCUUCCGUACCCUUGCUAAGUGAUUCACCAUGGAAUAAAGCUCCGAUUCUCGUAUUUCGUAAUGAAGUACGAACACAAUUAAACCAUAAGGCAGUUAGUCACAAAGCAGAACAAGUGGGACAAACACCAAUAGUAUGCGUUGCCCAAGACACCUGCAAAGGCAAACCAAUUGAAGAUCGAGCACUUAUUAAAAAACUAUUGGAAUUAUCUGAUAACAAAACGGAGCAUCUACCAGGUCUAUUACCUCUUGNUUUCUUUGGUACAAAAAAGCAUCACAUCAGUCCAGAAUUUAUGGAAUCAAACUAA